AUGCAUUUCACACAAGCUGCUUCUGCCAUUUUGGCAACUCUCGCUUUCUCCUCUACAGCCUUGGCUGGUGUCCUAGAGGCAACUGAUUCGUUCUGCUCCAGGUCCGCAGGCUGUGUUUGGCAAAACCCAGCUUCUUGGCCAGGUGUUUUUGAGUGCAGCUGCAAUCUUGCUUCACCAGAUGGAAAAUCUGUACUUCUUCUCCAAGGUUACACCGACAAGAAAUACGAAGGAUUUGUUUACAACGGUUACUCCACUGUCGGCGUCUGCAACAAUAUGCCAGAUCUCUUCAACAAGAAUACCCAAUCAAUGAACAUUAAUGUUGACAACACACCCGGUUGUUGGCUCUACACGCAAAAGGAUUGCGUCGGUGACUACGCCGUCAUCGAUUCCAAGGGUAUCGCAGAAAUGCAAGGCUACUACUACAAAGGAGUCCAAAGUUGGAUUUGCGAUCCUUUGACUUCUUAAAUUCUCUUCUCGCUUUUUUUCCCACCCAGCGAUUGCGAUUAUAUACACGAUACGGUUUAGAGAAGAAUAGAAGUUUUCUAGAGCUUGAUGGAUGGGCAUCGACUGGUAUUUGAGCGAUCGAGAGCCGGCGAUAAUGUGUUGGAAUGAUUGGAGUUUGAUGGAUGGGAAUGGGAGGAUUUCUUUUUUGUUUUUCUCUUUUUUAUCGGACUUCAUGUUUUAGGGGCGAUGAGUGGGAUGGAUUGAGUUUUCUUUGGUUUGGAAGAAUAUUGUGUGGUUUUGGAGAUGAUUUUAGGAGGGAACUUUCGAAUACUUUUUCUUGGGGGAAUCCAACAUUCUCGCCUUUUAUUUUAAUUCUUUUAACUUUCAUUUUUUAUCGCUAGGUAUUGGUAGUUGGUUGGUGUUAGGUAGCGAGUUAUAAUAU